UUUCUAGAGGACCUGUUUGAAAAGUUGAGGGGACCUAGCUAGCCAACGUUAUUGAAAAGGAAAAUUCGCAUAAACGCUCCGCAAAAAUACGCCAGGAUGCCUUCCCCUUCCAGAAGGCUACAGACCAAACCUGUGAUAACGUGUCUUAAGACUUUUCUUAUUUCGUACAGUCUUAUAUUUUGGUUAACAGGAGUCAUUCUGCUAGCGGUUGGAGUAUGGGGAAAGGUGAACCUGGAGGCCUACUUUUCAGUAGCAACAGAAAAGAACACCAAUGCGCCUUACGUCCUCAUCGGAACCGGCGCUAUCAUCGUCAUCUUCGGCCUGUUCGGGUGCUUCGCUACCUGUCGCGGAAGCCCCUGGAUGCUCAAGAUGUAUGCAAUGUUCCUGACCCUGGUGUUUCUAGCUGAACUUGUGGCAGGCAUCUCCGGCUUCCUCUUCCGACACGAGAUAAAGGCCAUAUUGGCUGACACCUACCAAGAUGCUAUUCAGACCUACAAUGGCACCAGCACCAGGAGCCAAGCAGUGGACGCCAUCCAGAGAACUCUAAAGUGCUGUGGUAUGAGGAACUACACAGAGUGGUCGAGCACAGACUACUUCAAAGAGAAUGGCAUCCCCGCAAGCUGCUGCAAGGAAAACGCCAACUGCACCACCCAAGUCCUGAAAGACCUGGACAAAGCUGGCAAAGAGGUGUACAAUGUGGGCUGCUUCUCCCUGGUGACUUCCGUGAUGGAGUCCAAUCUAGGAAUCAUUGCUGGCAUCUCCUUUGGAAUAGCUUUCUUCCAGCUCAUUGGAGUUUUCCUGGCCUGCUGUUUGUCCCGGCACAUCACCAAUAACCAGUAUGAGAUGGUCUAGUGGUGCUGACGUAGGUAUCACCUCAUGAUGGCCUUAGCGAAUACAGAUGGAUUUUGCGGCAUGCUCCUAAUGGAAGGUGGAUUAAAGGGAACCCAGACUUGUAGUUGUUUUUUCUUUAAUAUACGUUUUUAGGUGUUUUAUGUAGAAAACUCCACAGCUGCCUUGUAAGACAUACUUUUCUUAGGGAGAGAAAAACAUGUGACAAUACACACAAUAAGAGGUCCAGUUUUAUUCUGUAGUGUGUAUUACUUAGAAAUUUGGUAUUGUUUUAAAAGACUCAAAUGGAGAAAUCAAACAAACAGCUGAAUAUAAUGAAUACAGACCUUUCAAAGUUUUGAGAGACCCCAGAUGAUCCUGGUUGGAACCAGGGUUUGCAUACACUAUAUUUAAUGUUGGUACCAUUAUGUUGUAUUAUUGGCUUUUUUCCAUUAAGCCAGUCUCGCAGCAUUCUAGAAGUCUCACUGUCUGAUAUGAAUCAUCUUGCCAUUUAUAUUUCACCCCAGCUUUCUUGGCUCCAGUCUAAAUCAUAAGUCAGAGUGAGUGCUGUCACUGGGAGUAUUUUCAGAAUGGCUGUCACCUUUGCUUUAAUUUCACAAAUCACUGCCACAACGUUCUGUAGUUUCAUUUUGUCACAUUUUUGCAUUGAAAUACUUUCUUUUGGCCUUGUUUUUCAGAAGUGUUAAUAAGCUAUAUUGCUCUCAGCUAAGGUGCCAGUUAAUCUACCUGAAGUGUUCCACCAUUAGCAAAUACCUUAAAGGAAAACCACAUUAAAGAUCCACAGACCCAGCUCCCUCCUCUACACAGGGCAAAAUAUACAUUUUUAUUGAAGCCAUUUUCCAUUAUAGGAUCUAGAUGUAGAAUGGAAAGCUUUCUUUUGUAAGUUCAGUACUUAUAGACAAAACGCGUAAGUCUUGAAGGGCCUUGCCGUGCUAGGCCGUGGAAUUUCCAGGCAGAAGAAAAAGGACUCAUGCCCAUGUAAUACGUUCCUUUUUUAUCUUUAUGUGAAUGCUGAUGUACCUUUGAACGUGAGAAUAUAACAGAGCGCGUGCAACUCUGUACCAAAACUGUUUUCAUUUUGUGUUUCUGUAAAGGAAAAUUUAACUGAUCAGUGUUAGAACAGCUUGUUCAUUUACAGAAACAGCAUGUAGAAUACUUGUG